AUGCAUGCGCCGGGAAAUGGGCCGUUCUUCGCCGUUUAUUAUUCAACUAUUGCUAGUUUUGGUGUUCCAGGAAGAUGCGGCCUCUCCAAAUGCAUCACUCGCUACCUGGUGUUUAUGGCGGUGGCGGAUUUCCUGGUCAUUGUCACUGCCGUUAUCUUAAGCCGACUGCGGGUCAUUUAUUUCAACUCCAGUUUGCUGUCCACCACCCCGGCGUGCAGUCUGAUUAUUCUGCUCAGCUGGGUUUCCAAAGACGCUUCCGUCUGGUUCACGGUCGCCUUCACCUUCGAUCGGUUCGUCGCCAUUUGUUGCCAGAAAGUGAAGCAAAGAUAUUGUACAGAGAAAACCGCGGCGGUCGUCAUUGGAACCGUCUGCCUGCUCGGCAUUGUGAAAAACGUCCCUCUGUAUUUUAAAUAUGAGCCCCUCUACAUCAUGGAUAAUGUUCCUUGGUACUGCAUCAUAAGGGAGAUCUAUUAUACUUCCGUUGCAUGGAGAUUCUGUGACUGGCUGCACCGGAUUUUAAACCCAUGUUUUCCGUUCGUUCUGAUCUCCCUUCUAAACGCAUUCACUAUCAAACAUAUCAUUGCCGCCAGCGCAGCCCGCAAGAGGCUCCGCUCCCAAAACCAGGGCGAUAAACAAAGCGACCCGGAGAUGGAGAGCAGGAGACGGUCUAUUAUUUUACUCAUGGCCAUCUCGGGUACCUUCCUCCUGUUGAAACUGACCUACAUUGUAAAUUUCCUAUUCGUCCAAAUCUCAAGCAAGAUCUACGCCACCAACACUAAUUCCUAUGAUCCAAAGUUCAUUCUGCAGGAAAGCGGACACAUGUUGGAUCUUCUCAGUUCCUGCACCAACUCAUGUAUCUAUGCGGGGACACAGACCAAAUUUAGACAGCAGUUGAAGAUAGCGGUCAAGUACCCUGUCAAUGUAAUGAGCAAAUGUAUCAGAGGGCGAUCAUAG